AAUAAGUAAAAGAGAUUGGAAACCCUAAACCCUUUCUUCCUCUCCUUCUCACGUGCUCCACUUUCUUCUUCUUCUCCACGGUUCCUCUUCUUCUGUUUCAGCAUCUCAGUGACGCCGCCGCCGUCACAGCCACCGACGUCUUCUUUCUUUCGCUUGUUCCGCCGCAGCUUCUCUCCUAGCAGAGUGAGAUGGACGGACGGAUGAAGAAGCGCGACAAAGACAAAAAGCUUCGCGAGAGUAACACUGAACAUGCGGUUGAAAAGGGUAUUAUAGCCAUUGAAGCUGACAAAGAAAAGAAGCGGAAAAAGUCAUCAAAGAGGAGACUUCAACAAAUGCCUUUCAACGAGAAAGAUCUACUCAAUCUCAAGGCAAUAAAUGCUUUAGAAGCACAUAAUGGCUUAAGUGUGGUUCCAGCAGAUUCCGAUCAGUUUGAUGUGGAGGGAGAAGAUGCUGAAAAUCCCAAGAAGUCUGAUAAACUAAAGAAAGAUAGGAAAAAUAAAAAGAACCGCAAAUUGUCUAAGGAUUGUGAAAACUCAUUAGAAAAUGGAAGAGCAGCUAUGCAGCUGGAAGCUUGUCAGCCCUUUCAGGACGAUGGUGCAUUCUUGAAAGGCAAGGCCAAGAAAUCUUCCAAAAAGAAAAAAAAGGAUUCUAGUUCUCUAGAUGCCAUAAAGUCGACAGAAUCACAUGAUGAUGAUGAAAAUGAUGUCUAUCAAAUCUCUUCCGGAGAUGAUGACACUUCAAAGGGAAUGAAAAAAUGGAUUACAGAAUAUCACGAAAAUAGACCGGGCUUGAAUGUACUGCAACAACGUAUAGAUGAUUAUAUAACUGCACAUGAAGCACAGCUAGAACAGGAAAAGAAGGAAAGGGAAGCUCAAGCUGCUGAGGGGGGAUGGACAGUGGUUGUACAUCAGAAGGGGAGGAAGAAGACCACGGAUGCUGAAAGUGGGGUCACUGUUGGUUCGGUAGCGCAAAAUUCUGUAGGUGAUAAAAUGUCCAAAAAGAAGCGGAAGGAAGUUGGGUUGGAUUUCUAUCGAUUCCAAAGAAGAGAAGCACAGAGGAAUGAGGUUCUGAUGUUGCAAAGUAAAUUUGAGCUAGACAAGAAACGGAUACAACAAUUGAGAGCUGCUAGAAAGUUUCGCCCUUAUUGAAGUUUUGUCACCUACAAGGGGCAUGGCGGCCGGAGUUUUGACCUUUUUCUUUAUGGCACUUUAAUUAUAAACCAUUGCCAGUGAUUUCAGAUGGCUAAGAUGUGUAGGUGCCUGACAUGGUUAAAAUAUAAUUUUGGGCCUCUCUGUCUUGACUUUGUAACAAUUUAACAUCUAUAUCCAGUGAAAUGUAAUGGAUUAGGCCGGUUUAAUUUUUA